AUGGUAAUGCAGGGCAAGGGGAGAGCCAGGGCGUGCUGGGGAGAGGAGGCCUGGGUAUAUGCAGAGCUGCCGUACAUCAGUGAGGUGAAGGGGUAUCACGUGAUCGUUUUCCAAAGACUGGAAGCUCCAAAAGAAAAUGUGAUAAACGACCCACAUAGAAUCCAUAGAAGUCAGAGACCCCUCUUUUGGAGGCAGUGGAGACGCAAGGGCUCCUGGCCGCCCACAUCCACUGUGGUGGGAAAGCAGUCCCUGGAACUGACCAUAUACUGGCAGGAGGACUCAGACCCUGAGAACAAAAACUUCUAUGAGAAGAACCCAGACUCCCAUGGUUAUGACAAGGACCCUGUUUUGGACAUCUGGAACACACGAGCUGUCUUCUUCUUUGGUGUCUCCGUGGUCUUGGCCCUUGGCAGCACCUUUGUGGCCUAUCUGCCCGACUACAGGAUGCAAGAGUGGGCCUGCUGUGAAGCUGGGAGGCUUGUGAAAUAUCAAGAGCCAAAAGCCUUCCCAUCCUGGAAUCCAACUGCUUCCGCCCCAGCAAGAUCCAGCUGCCAGAGGAUGAGAACUGACCAGUUGCUGAGUGGCGCUCAAGAAGCACCACCUUCCCCACCCCUUGCCUGCCAUUCUGACCUAAUUCAAGGGCUGAAAGUCUGAAAAAA